AUGUCACACCCUGCGGCAAGCAUCAAAUCCAUCUUCAGUGGGAAGCUCAAUUUGACUGAUUAUGGGUUGGCUGACUUGAGUGACACCAAUGAGACCCCCUACAGAGACAACGGCCAGAGCGAAGGAUCAGAAGUGAACAGCGAGUUUGCUCGCAGGUUCAACAAUGCUGGCCAGAAGAAAGCCUGCCAGUCGGACGAUGAUCUCUGCUCAGAACUGUCUUACCACGACCUGCCUAACCAGCUUAGAGUUCCAACCCCAGUGAUCAGCACUAGUGUGGCUAGUGACAACGGCGACAACUAUAGCGUGAGCUCUCGCAACUUGAAGCUCAUGAUGAUGCAAAAGGGCGAAGUGUAUGAAGCACAGAAUUCGUCCACCAACAUCUCGUUGGCCUCUUCAGGUAGUGAUUACCAGGCACCUCUCCCUAACGAUGCUGCUACGUAUAACAGCGACGUCAGCCAGAAUGGGAUGUUUCUCGCAGAGAGCUUCUCCAGGCCACUAUCUCGUAACUCCACCACCUCAUGUCUUUCAACUACAGCUACGAAGGAUGGCGUUGAGGGAAAGAAACUCCAUCGCCACGGCCCAACACCAUACUUCUCUAGCGUCAUCGCCAACAUGCUUCUGCAGCAACAGCAGCAACACAAUCAACUGCAACAACAAAAUCCUUCCUUCAAUGAGCGACAGCAAGCUUUGCACAAAGACCUAGGGCUGUCGCCGCUGCUGCCACCUCAACGUGAAGUACGCCAUGAUGACGUUGGCCUGCCAGAGAAGCAAUUUCAAAGACCGUCGGGAUAUGUGCAACUUUCUGGAGACGACUUUCUGAGCGUGAUCUCCCAAACAAAUGGAGAGCAAGCCAAAAAGCUGCUCAAUGAGUACGAUGCCUUGGGGCUUCCUCCUGUAACGUUGAAGGAGAAGAUGAUGUUGCUUAACUCAGACCAGACAAGGCCCUAG